AUGGACAUUCAAGGCAGGAGGACCACCAGAGCCCUAUCAAAUGUCAAUGAAAAUCUAGUGAAGAGAACAGCUGCUGGGAAAGAUGCAGUGUUGACGAGGAGACCAGCACUGAAAGAUCAGCGCAAUGGAGCGAACAUACCGCUUUCUGAACGUCCUACUGGCAAGCCGAUAGCGAAAGCUACACGAUCCGUAACGGCAAAAGCUGCGCCUACAACUCAUCCUCUUCAGAAGCAGGAAAUCGUCCCUGAGAGCUGUGUUCAUCCUGAAGUUACGGGCAUCGAGCGAGAAAUCCAAUUUGUAGAAUAUUGCGACCAGGUAGAGCAUUUCGUAUCUCUUUCUUCUACAUUUUGUUUUCUAAGAAUUGCUAAUACAUCCAAUUGUGUCAUAUUUCAACCGCUACUCGAUCUCUUAUAG